GUACUAAUCCAACUAAGAAAUUGACUAUACCAAAAUUUGUUUAUGGUAAAUCUAUCACUCUGUAUAUGUCAUAGAAAGGAUGAUUUAUUAGCUACCACAUUUGUUAUUGUAAUUUAACCGGUCUAACAAUGUUCUGAUAAGUAAAUAGCGUGUGUAUUAGUGCCUUUUAUCGGUAAAUAUGUAAUUUAGAAUUUUAUAUACAUUCUUACACAGAGUUAGGUUAUCGGUGCUGGUUCAGAAGUUACGUCAGUGAUUAUUAUUUGAUCGCGUUAUAAAGUUGUCCGUAACGAGUUACUGUAUAUCGUAAUGACUAUACAUGUCAAAACAUACGACUGGUUCAAAGAAACUCUUGCCUGUUGCGUUGGUUUGUCAUUACAAUACACAGCUGAUGAUCAUGAAAAUCAUGUCACGCAGCAUUACAUUGAUGAAUAAUUGACACCAAAUAAAAAAAAAAUGUUUGCAAUACCAAUGUUUAUGGCUGGAAUGACAUUAGGAUGGCCGUCUCCGAUUAUGGAUUAUACAAAAAAUGGACUAGUACCAACAUUUCUGUUGUCAUCUAAGAUAUCUGUGGUAGUGGCUUGCAUAGAUAUUGGUAAUUUUAUCAUGGCAAUACCAAUAGGUCGCCUCAUGGAUAGCCACGGGCGUAAGUUUACCGUAUUUAUGUCAGCGCCGCUAAUGUUUAUGGGAUGGCUAAUUAUAUUAUAUUGUUCAACGAUUUGGAGCUUAUAUAUAGCUAGGUUGAUACAAGGCGCUGCUGUGAGCAUAGCCUGGGUUGUUUCACCUGUUUAUAUAGGAGAGAUAGCUAGUGCGCCAAUUAGAGGUACUCUUGAACUAUUAGUACAACUAGGGUACGCAUUAGGAUUAUUGUUUUCAUACGGCACUGGAUGGUUAUUAGCUGACUAUUGGAAAUUAGCAACCAUAUCUUCAAUUGUUCCUGUUGUAGCCGGUAUCCUAUAUUUUUAUAUACCUGAAUCGCCAUACUACCUUAUGUAUGUUAACCGACCAAACGAAGCAGCUGAAACAUUGAGGAAACUCCGAAGAAAUUAUACUCAACAAGAUCUUGAUUUAGAGCUAAUGUUUAUUGAAAAAUCUUUAAAUGAAAACCAAGGAGGAAGAAUAAAAGUUCUCUUGACUAGAGAUCGAAAACCAUUAGUAAUUGUACUAUUAUUGGCUGUACUACAAAUGGCUUGCGGUACCAGCGUACUAGAAGCAUAUGCGGCGUCUAUUUUAUCUCUAACUAAUGUGUCACCGAACGGAUGUGCUUUUAUACUCGGGAUCGUGACUUUAAUAGCCGUAAUUCCAUUCGCGUUCACUGUUGAUAGAUGUGGUCGGCGACCAUUAUUAGUAGUAUCUUGUUUAGGAACUGCCGUUUGUCACAUUGCAACAUACUUGUUUUUAAUUGUAAAUAUGGACAUAGGGGGCAUAACACUACUAGUAACUAUUUGCGGUACAGUGUUUUUUAUUAAUAUAGGGCUGAUGCCACUUUUAUCCGUAAUUCAGUGUGAAUACUUUCCAUCAGAUACUAGAGCUCUGGGAGGUACAGCCUUGGUGCUUACAGUGACAUUAGCUUCAACUAUCAUGGUUGUUAAUUACCAAUUGGUAGAUAAUUUUUUAGGAAUGUCUACCAAUUUUAUUUUGUAUGCCAUUUUGUCUGCUACUGGGGCAGUUUUUUGUUACAUUUGGGUACCAGAAACUAAAUGUAAAACUUUUUUUGAGAUACAACAAGAAUUCAAAGUUUCAGGCCAAAUUAAAAGACAUAACUAUGAACAAAUAUAAUAAAAAAUGUAGUACAUAAAUGUGGAUCAAAAUUAACACAAAAGGUUUAAAUAGCCAUAACUUACUAAAUAAUAGAGUUAAAAUGAUGUAAUUAAUAUUAUUUAAUCAAAAAUAAUAUGUAACUUAAUUGACCAACAUUCUAUUUUUUGAAUUAACUUUAUAGUAAAUUAUGAAUUUUUUUUUUAAUUUAGACAAUUUUUUCUAAAUUAGAAUAUAAAACAGCGCUCUAUUAUUUUAAUUAAUUAAUGCCAUAUAAUUAAUGUAACUGAAAACAUUAAAAAAUAAUUAUAUUCAAAUUCUUUCAUAUGUAUUUAUUUUAAUGAAAUAAAAUUAUAAUCUCUCUAAAAUU